CUCAGUCGCCUAAUGAUCAGCACUGCAGGUGGAUUUGAAAACAUCGUCACCUAGUGAUGCGAGCGACUCAAAGUGUCCAUUUCAGGACGUGAGACAGCGUGCAUAAACGUGUGAUUGAGUGUGUGUGUGUGUGUGUGCGUCUGUCUGUGUGUGUGUGGGUGUGUGUGUGUGUGUGCAUCCAUGCAUAGGUGAGUGAGCGAGCGAGUGAGUGAGUGAGUGAGUGAAUGCCUGCAUGUGUGUGUGGGCGUGUGUGUUUGUGUGUAGGCAUGUGUGCGUGUGGUAACGGAUGUGUGAGUUUGUGUAUGCCUAUGUGAACGUGAAGGAGGGAAAAGGAGCGCACAGAAAAACAAACCCCAUGACCAAAGAAUGGACAGCACCACACCGGACACCAUGGCAGAAGGCCUCAUCACUCUGUCCGCCAACCAGGGCUGUUGUCUCUGAAGCUUCUGGUUUCGAAAAAACAAACUUAAUUUCCAUCCACCUUUCGACUACAUGAAGAUUCCCGCCACCGGUUAUGUGAUGAAUAAAUUUGAGGUCCUUGGGAUCGUCGGAGAAGGGGCCUACGGGGUGGUUCUCAAGUGCAGGCAUAAGGAGACGAAAGAGCUUGUGGCAAUAAAGAAGUUCAAGGACAGUGAAGAAAAUGAGGAGGUUAAGGAGACGACGCUGCGGGAGCUUAAGAUGCUGCGGACCCUGAAGCAGGAGAACAUCGUGGAGCUCAAGGAGGCGUUCCGCCGCAGGGGGAAACUCUACCUGGUUUUCGAGUACGUGGAGAAGAACAUGCUAGAGCUUCUUGAGGAACAGCCCAACGGUGUACCGCCUGACAAGGUGCGGAACUACAUCUACCAGCUGAUCAAGGCAAUCCACUGGUGCCACAAGAACGAAAUAGUGCACAGAGAUAUAAAACCAGAGAAUCUUCUCAUUAGCUCCAAUGACGUUCUGAAGCUGUGUGAUUUUGGGUUCGCGCGUAACCUCUCGGAGGGGAAUGACGCCAACUACACGGAGUACGUGGCCACCAGGUGGUAUCGCUCACCUGAGCUGCUGCUGGGCGCUCCCUAUGGCAAGGCGGUGGACAUGUGGUCAGUGGGGUGCAUCCUGGGCGAGCUGAGCGACGGGCAGCCGCUGUUCCCGGGCGAGAGCGAGAUCGACCAGCUCUUCACCAUCCAGAAGGUGCUGGGCCCGCUGCCGCCCGAGCAGAUGAAGCUCUUCUACAACAACUCACGCUUCCACGGCAUGAGGUUCCCUUCAGUGAGUCAUCCUCAGACUCUGGAGAGAAGGUACCUGGGCAUCAUCAACGGAGGUUUGCUGGAUGUCAUGAAAAACCUGCUUCAGCUGAAUCCGUCGGAACGAUUCCUGACGGAGCAGAGUCUGAACCACCAGGUGUUCCAGGCCCAGCGGUUGCUGGAGCGACCCAUGCCCCCCUCCCCCCAGCCCCCACGCUCCUCCAAGAGGAAGCCUUACCACGGCGACAACACAAUACCUAGCAGGAGCCAUGGCAGCAAGAGCUCGGGAGGCCACCGUCGCUCCACCAACGCCAAGGAGUGCUCCAGCCUGCCGCGUCACGAGGACCUCCACCGCAGCAGCGACAGCUUCCUAAACGGGGGAGGCGGAGGCGGCGGUGGGAGCAUCGGCGGCCUUGGUGGUGGUGUCGUCAGUGUCGGUGUGGGUGGCAUGGGCGGCCCGUCCCCCAACAGCCUGAGCCCCAUCCUGCACUCCAAGAACCUACACUACCAGACGCAGACACUCAGCCGCUCCAUUUCCUGCGGCAAGGACCUGGCCAACAAUCCGCUGCCACACCUGCUGAGCCCCAAGGACGCUGCCAAGGGCAAGACGCACUUCGACUUCAACAUCAACAUCAACAUCCCGCCACCGCCCAGCGUUGCUGCGGCGACCAAGCCGCCGGAUGGACCGGGUGCAAAGUACCUCAAGUCGGCCAGUCGCUCACAGCAACAGCAGCAGCAGCAGCAGCAGCAACAGCAGCAGCAGCAGCAACAGCAUCAGCAUGCGGUGCCACAGAGCCGACCAGUGUUCGUGGAGGGCAAGAACAACACUCUCCAAUCGGGCGAGAAAAGAAAUCGGCAUGGGCAUAUGUCGGUUGACCCUUCAGCCAACAAGAGUGCUACCACGUACCUCAGCUUGUCCAAGGGGCACGGGCACGGAGGGGGAUCUGGAGGGGCUGGAGGGCAAGUGGGAGUACCAGGGGGAGUGGGGCUUCCACAGGGUCUGGGCGACGCCAAGUCCGUGGGCAACCUGACCGGUUCCGGCCUCCUCCUGGACGAGCCCCCAACCGGACCCCCUCCGCGCUACUUCCCCGCCAGCUGCGUGGACCUGAACGCAGCGCCCGGUAGCCCGGCCACCCACCACCACAGCCACACCUCGGACCGCUCGGGCCACAGCCCCUCCUCCACGUCCGCCUCCAUCCAGCCCCACCCCGGCCACCCGCCUCCGCACCUGGAGAGCAGCACCCUGGACUCCCGCCGUCCGUCCACCCGCCACAAAGGCCCGGAGGAGGCCCGGGUGGUGGAGACCCUGGACCCCGGAGGAGGGGGGAGGUCAGGCGGUGGUGGUGGAGGAGGCGGAAGUGGAGGAGACAGGCUAGCACCAGUGGGCGGCAUCAGCGGGGGCGUCCCAGGUGGCGGAUCCGGAGGUCACUCGCUCUCCACCCCGCACGAGUCCUUCCCCUACGGCCUGGGAUACAGCAGCCCCUUCUCGUCCCAGCAGCGGCCGCACCGCCACUCCAUGUACGUGCGGCGAGAGCGCCAUCGGCCUCACGGCCAGCAGGGGGCGCUGGCUGUGGGCCAGGAGGGCGGCGUGCCCACGCGUGCCAGCAGCCUGCAGAUGCUCUCGCCCCAGGUGCAGCACCGCAGCACCACGCUCACACGCCACUCGGUGGGCUCCUCGCGCGAGGACUGCACCGACCACCUCGCCAGGAACGAUCUAUCCCCAAAAGAGGCGCCCCAAAGUCGACCCCCCAUCAAAGAUUCCACGAGGGACAACGCUGCUCCUUUUCACUCGCAGCGCUCGAAAAACGAGGGCCAGGUGGGGAUGUACCACGAGCAGCAGCACCUCGAGGAUGGAGGCGCCUCCUCCAAAGAGAACCGCAUCAUCUACAGCGACUCCAUGCCACGACGAGUCGGCAGCUUCUACAGAGUGCCAUCCCCUCGGCCGGACUCCUUCCACGACCCGAGUGGCCAGAGUCGUGGGCCACCCCUGCCUGGUGACAGCAGUGCCAUGAGUAAUCACUCCAAGCGCCAGCCCGCCUUCGAGCCCUGGAACACCCCGGAGACCAUGGUGUUGAAUCCUCCACCAGAACCAUCCAAGCAUAAAGAGAAACAGGGUUUCUUUAGAGCAAUAAAAAAGAAGAAGAAGAAAUCACAAACGGUACCAGGGGACAUUCAGGAUCCGAUGGCGGCCCAGAGAGCAAUGAAGCCCUCCUCCUCCUCGCACCAGAGCAGCCGCCACAGAAACAGAGAGCGAGAGCGCGACAGAGACAGAGACCGGGAGCGGGAGCGAGAGCGGGAGCGAGAGCGAGACAGAGAGCGGGAGCGAGACAGAGAGCGGGAGCGCAACCACGAGAGAGACCGGGAACGGGAGAGGGAACGCAGUCGAGAUCGCAACCGGGACCGCGACCGAGAGAGGGAACGGGAGCGCGAGAGAGAACGAGAGAGAGAGAGGGAGAGGGAACGAGAGCAGCGGGAAAGGGAAAGGGAUGAGUGGCCCUCUGAAAAGCAUACAGAGCCUCACUCGCACUCACACUCACACUCACACUCGCACUCUCAGAAUCAGCCUCUAAAGUCGCUUCGAAAGCUCCUGCACUUGUCCUCCCCGUCCACGAGCCACGUCCCUCCGCCGCCACAGCCCCAGCCCCACCCCCACCCCCACCCGCACCCCCUCGUGGAGCCCCGCUACCAGCCACUGCCCAACCCUGCGCCCCCCUCCUCCUCCUCCUCCGCCUCCAAAGGAGGGAACUUUCCGGAAGCUCGUGUGCACUCAGGCAGCAGCAGCGGCGGCAGCGCCCCGCAGUCCAAGAGCCGCAAGGCAGCCGUCGCCGCCUACCCGCUCCCGGGCCAGGUGGAGUCAAACUGGCACGUGUCGGCCCUGGCCAGGGCAGAGGCGGCGGCAGCGGCGGCGGCAGCACCACCUUAUCCCGUUCCCGACCAACUGGCCGCGAAAGUGGGCCAGAACGGGCCCACCUUCACCCGGCCCAGCAGGUCGCGGAUGCCAAACCUCAACGACCUGAAAGAGACCGCCCUGUAGACAGACAAGUGAGAGCAAGAGAGAGAGAGAGAGAGAGAGAGAGAGAGAGUGUGUAGAUGAAUAAGUGUGUAUGAUCAUGUUCUAUUGCCAAUGCGUUCUCAUACAUGCACACACAGACAUAAUGUGCACAUACGUACAGUACAUGCACACAUGUGCCUGCGUGCACGCACACACACACAUACACACACGCGUGAGUGCAUGCACACACACAAACACAUGUACACACACAAACACAUGUACACACACAAACACAUGCACACACACAAACAUGGAUAUAGAGUAUUUGCACGCUCCCACAUGCACAUGCACGCUCACAUACGUACGGAUUGGGCACGCAGUGACAUACAGUAAGUGCACACUCACAAACUCACACAGAAGCGCAGAACUCACAAACUCACAAACAUGCAUAAAUACAUUACACACUCCUGAGCUCACACCUUGUUGUUGCACAGUGCUACUCCUGGCCAGAGGGGGGAUGAUUAUCAUGUCCUUUUUUCUGAAUCUCAGUAUUUGAUAGAUCAACGUUUGUUAUUUAUUAUUAUUAUUAUUAUUAUUAUUAUUAUUAUUAUUAUUAUUACUAUUAUUAUUAUUAUUUAUUUGUUAUUAUAUUUAUUUGAUGUUUUAAAAAGACCGUUUGUUUGUGAGUCAGUUAUUCUACUGAUAAAUAAUAUGUAUAUGGGGAAAAAAUGUAUGAAUGACAAAGUCGCAGAUUAUUUGCAAGAGCUUUAGAUUGUACAGAGACUAAAUCUGUUGAAAAGAGGACGUGUAAUAAUUCUAUAUUUCAUUGAUGAAUAUUUAAUUGUUGUGUCGGAAUAUAUUAUUGUACGGAAUGUACUUUGUUGUUAUGUAAGCAUCCAGUCUUUCGUUUUCUCUCACACAUCAAUCACAAAAUUGAUCUUUUCAUGCAUUACUUCUUCCAGAAACUGCAUUUGUGUCAUUUGCCGUCAUAAUUAUGGUUAUUAUUCACAUAUAAAAAUCAGCCUUAGUGAAUGAGUAUCAUAGACAAAGAUGAGUCAAUUUACAGACAAUAGAAGCCUUAUCAGCGCCCUCUUACUGAAACCAAGUCCCAGUUACAGUUUUAGGCCUAUCAGAUUACUAUUUUUUACUAAUUCAUUUCCUUUGAGCUCAAUUCAUUUCAGUUCAAGUGAGUGUCUUUGACACAAACAAUAGCUAAUUGCAUUAACUCAACAUUCAAAUAGCACAGUGUAAUUAGCAUGCACACUGUAUGUCCAUGACAUUUACGUACUAGUGUUUGAGUAUGAUGAAGAAGAAGAAGAGGUAGACGGUGAGAGGGAAUGUAGGGCACCAUCUUUUACAGGUCCAGGGGUCCGUUUCUCGAUUCUUGUCAUUGCUAACCGUCUUAAGACCGUCUUAAGACGUAACACCAUUCCCUUAGAUUUAGUGGUGAGCGUUGCUGUCGAGAGAAAGUUGAGUCGUUCUUACGAAGGACGUUGCUACCAUUGUUAGCAAAGACGCUUUCGAGAAUGCCACCCCAGAUCAGUGGGCCCAAUGUCACAUUGUCUUUUAUUUCUCAUAUCAUUUGUCCCCAACACUAUAAAAUAACUAUAAGAAAUAUUCUCUUAUUUCAAUGCACUACAUACAGCAGGAACAGCCCUCCUCUAUCCAAUGUUCUGUAUGUAUGGUAUGUAGUGUCCCAAAUGUAAUGUCCCCAGCCCACCCUCAGACCAAACGGCUUACUAAAUUACUUACUUACUGCGCAGUUUGCCUCCUAGGCGGAAAACAAAAAAAUGUUCUCCACUCUGGUCUAUUCUGGGCUUUAUUCUGGCCACUUUCCCAUGUAGCCUAUACGUGAGGCCCAUACUGUAGUAGAUUUCAUUUCCUCCUCAACAAUGUGGCUCCAGGUGUUCAGGCUGCUACCUGUGCUGAAAUCCCCUCCCGAUUAAAUAGGUUUCUGUCCCUCAAUCAGGCGUGUGGAGAUUGCUGCCUGCUGCCCCUUAGGCUCCUCCUCCUGCUCACCCUGGUGCUCCCUCAUCUCUCAUCACCAGCUGGUGAGCUUCACAGUGCCCUUGCCCAGGGCUCUGGAUACGGGCACAGGGGUCAUGUAAGCAGUGCCUCACAGCGCCUCACAGCCUAUCUAGCCAGCCCAGCCAAGAACCCUCUCUUUCACACUUGACAGUCAUCUCUAGGCAGGCCUGGACAGGUUAUCUGGCAUACAGGGGCAUUUUACCCGGUGGGCCAACAGUCCACAGGGGCCGGUGCUUUUGUGUUUUGGAUCAGCGUAAACUUGACAUGAUCCAGCCCAUCGGUGCAUCCUUAAUACACGUACAGUGGACUGAGUCCAUCAUAAUUAUAGUAUAGGGGUGGUCCAUGCCAAAAAUGGCCAACCCUGUUGUGCAGGAAGUGCAUAUUACAAAUCUACUCACAGUGGGAAUAAAAUACAUAAGCGUCAAUGUAGUUGACAAACUAUUAAAAUGCACAGGAUAUAAUAUACCUUUAUACCUUUAAUAUACUAAGUAACAAGCACCAAUUAGAAACCCUUAAUUUGACAGCAGUUGGCACUCCAAUGCUAUCGCACAGGUGUGUGUUUCACUUUAGCUUUUUUUGUCUUUAUUUCACUAGUAAGGCACUUUGAAAACACUUGGAAAUAGCACGGGUUUUGUCAUUUGUUGUACCAAAUUCUAGUCAUCUGGUUUGAUGGUUUUUUUUCAGUGAGGAAAAUUGAAUUUUCACAGCCCAUUUAUUUUACAGUGGAUGUGUUUUCUGUGGAAUAUAAACAUUUACAAACAGCAUGCAAACAGUAUCAUAUUCAUAUUUCUAUAUAAUGGGUGUGAUAUAUCGGACAAGUUGUAAUAAGGUCAUUGGAAUUGGUCAUUUAUUAAUAUUUUUAACCGUCAAAAGGCAUUUCCAGUCUGCUGAGAAACAUACAGUGGCAUAAUGUAUGUACAUUAAUGUCUCAGAUAUGUAGAUUUCUCUCUAUUUAACUCUUCGGAUGAAAUUGACUUUAACCAUUUCAUUGAUUUCUUUUUACUUCUUUUACAUUUAUGCACAUUUUGCUGUGGGCACUUUACACGUGUUGUUGAAACCUCAAAAAACUCACAAGUUUGCAAAAUUCCUUCCAAGAAUUCUUACCAGUUAUAUAUCAGUGAAUGUACUAUACCUCUAAAGAGUAUUUGCAAAUGACCAUUGAUUAGUGCUUUCACAGUCCGAAUAAGAGACCGCACUGCCUUAAGGUCUCAGCAAAGAUUUUAUGUAUCGCCAUAUACAUAUAUAUAUUUAUUUCAGGAGAUAGGUCAUCUGUUUGCUCAAUCCACUGCCUCAGUGACACCCAGUACUUAAAAACAGAACAUGCUUAUUACGUCUCUAAAAGAGUUUAAAAUAUUAAACAUUACCAUACUACUGCAUCUAUGAAAACGUGCUGCUUAGAAUAACAGAAGCGGCAUCUUGUUUAUACUCGGCUGGCUCUCUCUCGAGCUUCUUCUUUUUACCUAGUGGAAGGGGUUAGGAGCUCAAUUCAUUUUAUCCAGCCCCAAGGAAAACGUGUGUGCCCUGUAGUGGCAUCAGUUUAGGGUAACAUUUAUUCUGUACCUGUACACACUCUUACACACAUGCACACGCACACACACACACCCAUAAAGACACGCUACACACUCCAGGCAUUC